CCUUGUAAUAUACGUCUUAUCACAUCUACCAGAAGCCAGGGUUUAAGAAUUACGAUGAGUAAAGCCACCCCAUUCAAUGCUGGGUACAACCAGGGACUGACAACUUAUCAGUCAGGACUGACAGGCUACCAACAACGUUCAGGCGCUAAAGUGUAUGGUUCUACACCAGCUGUCACAACAACAUAUUCACCAACAAACUGGCUCUGCCCCGCCAUAUUUUCCUGUUUGUUUUGCUUUUGGCCUUUAGGAUUAGCUGCGAUUUACUAUGCUUGGGAGGCAAACCAGAGAGAAGAGAGGAAUGAUUUGUUUGGUGCCGAACAGUCUGCCUCUUGUGCCAGAACUUUGACAUACGCGUCAAUUUUCGUUGGUGUUAUCAUGCUUGGGGUCUCCCUGGCUUUGUUUUUCACACUCCACCAGAAAACCAAUCACCACCUUUAAUAAAGUAAAUUUCAAUGUGUA